AUGACGUUCUCGUCCGCCUCGCCGUCCUCGCACAUCACCUCGUCGAUUGGUCGCCUGAUCCAUCCUCAAGCCCUCGUCCCGUCCAUCUCGCCCACGUCGGGCGCAUCCCUCUCAUCGAUCCUCCGCCAAAGCGCCGCCUCACCAACAAUAUCACCCAAGAGCGGCCCACAAGAUCCCAAGCGGUCGGCCCUCCAGAACGCGCAUCUCAACAUCGAAUCGAGCAGCACCGCUGCCACGAGAAUCAAGCAGUACCUCCAAUCAUCCAGCAUCAAGGUCAGCAACAAGCGUCGACCACCACCCAGAAAUCAAGAUAUCAUCACAACAUCAAGAUCCCAAGCAAGCACCUCCAUGCAAGCAUCAAGUCAACAUCUCGCAUCGCAACAGGCUGGCACCUGGACCUCCCAGCCUCCCAUCCAACCUAGUCGAGCCCCCUGCGGCUCCUUCGUCAAUACCAAAAAAAAAUCCACUGACAUCUCUGUGUGUGCUUCCGUCGUCUGA